AUGGGAGAUCUUAUGAAAAGACAAUUCAGUAUCCUAGAUUUAUCUGGAAAGAAAUUUUUGGAAUGGAAAGUCGAUGCCAUGAUGAAUUUAAAAGCUCAAGGGUUGGAGCACACUGUUAAAGAUAAUAAAAGUCCCUCUGGUCAAACAACUGAUACUACCACUUCUGCCAUGACGGUUGAAAAACCUGUUACUGAACAAGAAAAGGCAAAAGCCUUAGUGUUACUAAGGCAUCAUUUACAUGAAGGCCUUAAAACUGAGUACAUGAUGGUUGAAGAUCCCAAAGAAUUAUGGGAUUGCCUUAAUGAAAGAUUUGGACACCACAAAAGGGUGCUCCUUCCUAAGGAAUUAUUUGACUGGACAAAUUUACGGUUCCAGGAUUUCAAAUCCGUAAUUGAUUACAAUUCUACCAUGCAUGAGAUAGUAUCUAUAUUGAGAUACUGUGAUCAUCCAGUCACCGAUGAACAGAUGAUUGAAAAAACACUCACUACCUUUCAUGCAAGCAACAUACUGUUGCAAGAACAAUAUCGUGAAAGAGGUUUUAAAAAGUUUAAUGAAUUAAUGAGUGUAUUGCUUGUUGCGGAACAAAAUAGUGAUCUUUUGUUGAAAAAUCAUAAUCUUAGACCAACUGGGUCUGUGGCCACUCAUCAUGAGGCAAAUGCAACAAGUUCUUAUCCACCCGAGGCAAAUGCUACACGAAGAGGUGGACGUGGAAAUUACAAUGGUCGUGGAAAUUAUCAUGGACAAGGCCGAGGAAAGAAACAGUAA